GAAAGUGUCGCUGGUCGGUCCUCUGAUUCAUUUCUUUUCCUUUCUCAGCAAGGAAUGAAAUCAAAAUACUUUUCGUUUAAUUUAUCUUUGUUUAUGAUUUAUAUAACUAUGGCUUAAAUUUCUGUUUCUCUUCUCUGUUGUGAUUAUUUCUUUUUUCUUCAAUGGAGGAGUCUGAGAAAAUCAACGGAAAGAAAAAGUUGCCUUCCGUUCCUUCAAAUUACGUUACUCUCCUUCAAUUGCAGGAAAGAUGGAUCAAAGAGCAAGAGCGAAAGCAGAAGGAAAAGGAAGAAAAAGAUGAACCGCGACAAGAACAAGAAGAAAAGGAAAAACAAGUUGAAGAGCGAGUUAAUGACGAGGUAGAUGGAAGAGAAAACCGUAAAAAUGGGCAUUUUCGUCGACGUAAUCGGGAGAAUGGGAAGCGUGUUGCCGAAGGGAAGUCCAAGGAAGCGGAAAUCGCGGUAGGUUUUGCGGUUAAGGAAAGUGAGGACGUCGAGAAGGAGAAGAAAGGCGAGCAAUUGAAGGUCAGGAAGAAGAAGAAAGGGAAAAGCAAGAAAAAGGACAAGAAGAAACAGAAAGCUGGAGCAGAGAAUAUGGAGGAGGGAGUGGUGGGACCUGCUGUGAACCCGCCGUUGCCUGCGACUGUGGAGAAUGUUAAGCGGGAGGAGGAGGUGAUUGGAGAAGAAGUCCACGCACCGAGGCAAGCGAGUGUUGAGGCGAGGACAGAAUGCAAACCGAGGAUUAUAACUAGAACGGAGGAUCGGACGAUGGAGAUUGGACGGAAAUUUAGAGCAAUGUCAAUGAAAGGUGAGAUUAUGACGGGGGAUCAUAGUAGAUACGGGAGCCAGAAUACAAAUUUCAAUCACCGUGGGGGCAAUAGGGAGCUGAAUAGGAGUCAUUAUGGGAAAUUUACUAGGAGUAGAGAGCGGAAUCAGAGAAAUGAAGGGAUGGUUUGGGUCAAGAAAGGGGAAGUUAGUGAUGGAAAUGUCGGUGGAAUUUAAAGCGCGAGUUGCUCGUCCAAGGAUUUAAGUUGAUGGGAUUUGAUUUGGUAAUUACUGAUGAAACCUUCUGUCUUUAAAUGCGAAAUUCUGUCAUACAUUGCUUUGAUUUUCAAAACUGAAAUUUCGAUUGAAAUUGAAUAGUUAAAACAAUUACUAGUAUAUAAUUUACUGAGCAUCUUGGCGAGUGGAAGCAUUAAUUUAAUACUGCUUUGAA